UCUCGUUGCGUCACGCGGACUCGGGUCUGAUCUGAGUUCCGGUUCAGUCUGAAGUUUGUGAGCAGCUCGUUUCUGACGGCGGGUGUUGCUUUGUUUGUUUGUUUGUUUGUUUGUUGACGUCACUGUGACGCUGCGGACGGUUAAACCCGGAAACCGCGGCUGUUUAACGACCUACGGAGCGGAGAGUCACCGGCAGGACCGGGACCCGAACCAGGAACAGCAGGUGAAGAGGAGCUGAUCCAGAUCCGGUCCAGGAUCAUCUGGUUACCUUUAUAAACACACUCCUUGUUCCACAACGAACACACCUGGACCCUGGACUGCUGGUUCUGUCCUCUGGUCUCUCCUGUUUUAACUCCUCCCCCGCUCACAGAGCUCCCAGUCCCCUCCGGGCCCCACCAGGACCCACAGCCAUGAGCGUCCAGACCCGGAGGAUCCGCCUGAAGCCCUGGUUGUUGGCUCAGGUGAACAGCGGCAGGUAUCCCGGUCUACAGUGGCUCAGUGCAGAACACAGACUCUUCCAGAUCCCCUGGAGACACGCCACGCGCCACACGCCCGCGUCAGACGAGGAAAACACCAUCUUCAAGGCGUGGGCUCUGGAGACGGGUAAGUAUCAGGAAGGCGUGGAUGAACCCGACCCUGCGAAGUGGAAAGCGAACCUUCGCUGCGCUCUGAACAAAAGCAGAGAGUUCCAGCUGAAAUACGACGGCACCAAAGAGACGCCGGUCCAACCGUACAAGAUCUACGAGGUCUGUGAGCAGCCCGCCAACACAGAUGGUGGUGAAGAUGAUGAAGAGGAGAUGCCGAACCUGAUGGAGCUCACCAUCAACCCCAGGACCAGUGAGACCCCGUCCUUCAGCUCCUUCCCAGCUCACGCAGAGGUGAAUCAGUUCAGUCUGUCCACCAACGGGACGUUUGGACCUCCACAUGUGAUCCCGGUACCGCUCGUCCCAGACAGAGUCGUCCCCAUGCCCUCUGAUCUCCUGGCUCGGGGUCAGAUGGUGGAUCAGGGGAGCUUCGUCCAUCCGGGCGGACUCUCUAAUGGACCCCAGGACCUGGAUUCUCUGCCCCCACCGGCUGCUUCUGCUCCCCCCGUGUCAGCCCUGAUGGAGACCGGCGGCAUGGGGGAUGUAGAGAACCAGGGGGACCCUCAGAACCACCAACCCUGCAAAUACGACCUGCUGAGCAGCGUCCCAUUAACAGAUCUGGACCUGAAGUUCCAGUACCGGGGCCGGACCACGGGCUCUCUGACUGUCAGUAACCCUCAGGGCUGCCGUUUGUACUACGGACACCUGGAGCCGACCCCGGAGCAGGUGGAGCUGUUCGGACCAGUCACCCUGCAGCAGGUCUUGUUCCCGGGGACGUCUGAGAUCCAGAACCAGAAGCAGCGGUUCUACACAGAGGCCCUGCUGGACGUGAUGGACCGCGGUCUGAUCCUGGAGAUCUGGGAGCAGGACAUCUACGCCAUCCGCCUUUGUCAGUGUAAGGUGUUCUGGUCCGGACCGGGCAUGCCUGAACAGGGUCUACCAAACCCCAUGGAGAGGGAGAAGAAGAUCAAAGUGUUUAGCCUCAACGAGUUCCUGCAAGGACUGAUCCUGUUCCAGAGGGGGGAAGCUCAGAACCCUCCCUUCGAGAUCUACUUCUGUUUCGGGGAGGACUGGCCCGACAAGAAACCCAAAGAGAAAAAACUCAUCAUCGUGCAGGUGGUUCCUGUGGUGGCUCGAAUCCUGACGGAGAUGUUCUCUGGAGAACUCAGCUGGUCCACAGAUAGCAUCCGGCUGCAGAUCUCAAACCCUGAUGUAAAGGACCAGACGGUGGAGCAGUUCAAGGAGCUGCAGAGGCUCCUGCAGAGCCAACAGAUCCAGGGGCCCUGGACCCCCAACAUACCCUGAACACCAGGACGGCUGUCCUGCCUCAUCAUCAUCACCACCAGCUCAGGACUCAGACCAGCACAGUUCCAGUCCUCUCCAGGUGUUUCAACACUGAAACGAUCCUCUAACGGACCUUUACCCUGGACUCUACAGCCCUGAUGAGUCCAGAACCUUUAACAGAACAUGUAAAGAUUCUUUUCAGCAUCGGCUCAAACUCAAACAAACAGGACAGCAGUUUUUUCUUUGUAGCUCAUUUUAAGAGAAGUGAAAAUGAAUCCAACGGCUGCAGGGCGCUCCGCCCCGAGUCCGCCGCGACGGCUGCAGGGCGCUCCGCCCCGAGUCCGCCGCGACGGCUGCAGGGCGCUCCGCCCCGAGUCCGCCGCGACGGCUGCAGGGCGCUCCGCCCCGUGUCCGCCGCGACGGCUGCAGGGCGCUCCGCCCCGAGUCCGCCGCGACGGCUGCAGGGCGGGCGGUCCGUCUUGUGUUCGCACCGACCCCCUUCAGACCUGGACUGCACUGUAAAAGAUUGAGGUUACACGGAUCACGUGGGUGUCUUCGUCCUGAAGGUUGGCUGCAGGUUUAAUGUUCCGUUUUGUUUGACAGCCCUUCAUGAGCGCUCGGACGUUCCCGAUGUCUCGGACUUUGGAAGACCUCCACGUGAUCCGUCUAACUCUGCUGAAGCCUGAUGUUGGCUUGUUGGAUUAAAUCAGAUUGUAAAACCCAAAUCUGUCCGUUAACCUGUGACACGUUCAGUGACCACGAACACGUCGCUGUUUCAAACUGUUGUAGAUCAUUUCAAUAAACUCUGCUGCAGUGUUCUUUCUUACA